AUGGAGGACCACCAUAUACCACAGCACCGUCAGAGUGGAAGCCUGACUGAUUUGAAUAUUAUUGUUAAAGAAGAAGUUAACGAUGAAAUAGAUGAGAAUGAUGACACAGAGGAGUCGGAGGAUUCAGAAGGACACUCUGACUCUUUCUCCGAUUCCACACAGGAAGGUCACACCAUCCCUGAUCAGGAUGAAAAACAGAUUGAUAUAAAAGUUGAAAUUAAAGAAGAAGAGGAGGAAUCUUUGCUACAUAGUAGCGCAUAUCAAUCCAAUGCCUGGGACACCUCAGAGGGAACUCCUACAUCAUCUCCAGAGGAAGAUCCAUCUAAGCCUAUAGAAAUAUCUUCUAAAAAAUCACAUACAGUUGUGUACAAAGGCAACAAGAAAUUCAAAUGUUCUGAAUGUGAUAAAUGGUUCGGGAAGAAGGCCGAUCUUAUUAAACAUCACAGAGGACAUAACGGGGAGCAUCCGUGUGGGAAGGUUUUUACAUUAAAGCCAGAGCUUAUUAGACGUCACACCGGAGCGCGGCCAUAUUAUUGUCCGGAGUGUGCGAGAUCCUUUGUAAUGAAGUCCGAGCUUCUCAAACAUUUCAAAAGUCACACCGGGCAGAGGCCUUAUUUGUGUUCGAAGUGCGGGAAAGGGUUUACACAGAAAUAUGCCCUCCUUGUACACCAUAGAGUGCACACGGGCGAAAUGCCAUUUUCCUGUCAACAAUGCGGGAAACGUUUCUUACGUAAAAGCACGCUCAUCAAUCACCAGCGCACCCACACGACGGAGCGUCCAUUUACCUGUCUGGAGUGCGGCAAAAGCUUUAAACAAAGAAUGUGCCUGGCCCGGCAUCAGAAGUUUUAUAUACAUAGCGGUUCACUGUCGUGUCCCGAGUGCGGGAAAGCUUUUGCUACAAAAUCUGAACUUCGCGUGCACCAGAGAGAUCACACCGGCGAGAAGGUUUUCUCCUGCUCAGAGUGCGACAGAUCGUUCAUAGCGAAGUCGCAACUCGUUAUACACAAGAGAUCCCACACCGGCGAGAAGCCCUUUUCGUGUCCCGAGUGCGGGAGAUGCUACUCGCAGAAAGCCAGCCUCAGUAAACACCUCCACCUCCACACGGGGGAGAAGCAGUUUUUCUGCCCAGAGUGCGGGAAAGGUUUCGUUAAGGAAAAACACCUGAUUUGGCACCAGAGGUGCCACCAGGGCAAGUACCCUUAUCCGUGUUCCGAGUGCGAAUAUUCCUUCAAGCUGAAAUGCGAACUGAUCCUUCACCAGAGGGGUCACACCGGCGAGAAGCCCUUCUCGUGUCCCGAAUGCGGCAAACGUUUUUCGCAAAAGGGAAAUCUCAACAAGCAUUUGAAGAUCCACACCGGGGAGAAGCCGUUUACCUGUCCGCAGUGCGGGAAAUGUUUUAUACAUAAGGCGGACCUGCUGAGACACCAGAGAAGUCACACGGGCGAGCAUCCCUUUUCCUGUCCGGAGUGUGGAAAGUGUUACACGAGGAAAGAAAAUCUAAUUAUACAUCAGAAAAAAAAUGGGCAUUGAUGUCCAAGACCGGUGUAUGGUGGCUUUGAGGAUGGUAGACCGGUGUAUGGUGACAUUUAGUGUAUGACGGCCAUUGACGACGGUAGACUGGUUUAGUUGGUUGAAUUGUUCUAGCCGUAAAAAACAAUCGCAUGACGAAGAUGAGAACAGUAUUUUUAGGUUUGAAGUUAUACCUAUAGCUAGGCUUAUGCUAGACUUUAUCGUUAUAGCCUUAGGAACCCUAGGUCUGUCCCUACCCACCCUAGAGUUUUUUGGUGUUCCCAGUCUCUUAAUAUUCGUCUCCUCUGUAAGGGUUUCAUACUCCAACACAGGGUGUAAAAAGAGGACCCUUCUAGGAGGACAUUACAAUAGAGGAGGGAGAUGUAGAAGGACAUAGCAGCACUUGUGGUUGGAAGACAGCAAUUUUAUUAGCUAAACUAACCUAAUUAAACUAACUCCAGAAAAAAAAUAAAAAAACCGGACGGCUCCACCCCCAUGGAAAUUCGGAAGAAUGCUUUAUUGUAUACUCAAAAGUUCAUAAAAGCACCACAUAUGCAAUAGCGGGGGGAGGGAUGGACAGCUCCCGCGUAUAACACUCUCCCGGUGCUUUCUUGAGCCUAAUGCCGCGUACACACGGUCAUUUUUCAGCAUGUCCAAAAAUCGACCUUUUUCCACGAUGGUGUGUUUUUGAAAAAUGAUGAACAAAGUGCGGUGACG